AUGUCGCGAAUGUCGAAUGUACUCUUCUCGGUCCUCGCAGCCCUCAUUGCUAUCCUCGCCGCAGGACUGCUCUACGGCAACGACGACACGGACCACCUCUCCACCAACCCUAACCCCGGCGCAGUCUGGGAUACAAUCAAGAACAACAACAACAAUAACAAUAACCAAGUCUGGGACAAAUCGCCACAGUGCAGCAACCCCUCAGGAUUGAUCGGCGACUCGUCGUGCUGUGACUAUGAGACGGUUGGAAAGCUCAAUGUCGACUUUUCGGCAAAGUUGCAAGAAAUUGUCAGCAUGCCCUUCUUCCGGUACUUCAAGGUCAAUCUGUACAAGGAGUGUCCCUUCUGGGACAAUGCUGGUCUCUGCAUGAACAGGGAUUGUUCUGUCGAGACGAUGGAUAAGCAGAAAAUUCCUGAGCAGUGGAGGAGCGAAGCCCUUGGAAAAGUCUCCAUGCCCACCUCGAAUCAGUUGUUUGGAGCGAUUCCCAUCAAGCCUGCAAAGAUCAAGGAUCAAGAGUUUUGUGCACCAGACAUCGCAACGGACGAGGUCUAUGUCGAUCUGAGGGACAACCCCGAGCGCUUCACCGGUUACUCGGGCCCCUCCGCAGGCAUGGUCUGGAAGGCAAUCUACGAGGAAAAUUGCUUCGACGUCUCCAAGGAGAUGACCGCCGGAUGUCAGUAUUGUGAAUCGGAGAGGAACAAGUUGAGGGAGCAGCAAGCCCACCCAGAAGAACACGACCUCCUCAGGGAGAGCAACAUCUUGGUCCCACCUGAGCCUGCACCCAUCGAUGCCAAGAAGCCCUCAAAGGCACAGAUGGACGAAAUCUUUUCGAGAGUGCCCAAGGGCAAGGGCGAUCUUCAGCAGCUGAUGCAGGGGAUCGCCAAGGAAGAUGGCCCUGAAGAGUCCUGUCUGGAGAAGCGUGUCUACUACCGCUUGAUCUCUGGACUCCAUGCGUCGAUUUCAAUCCAUAUCUGUGACGAGUGGUUCAACCAGACGACAGGCGAAUGGGGACCAAACCUGGACUGCUUCGUCUCUCGUGUAGGCAUGCACCCAGAGCGUCUCGAGAACAUCUACUUUGACUAUGUUGUCGUCCUCCGCGCAGUGACCAAGAUCUCGGACUACCUUGCAGGAUAUGAAUUCUGUACGGGAGACGAAUCGGUCGACAAGAACAUCAUGUCGGUCGUGACGGAGCUGGUUGAUCUGGUCAAGCAGUGUCCACCCACAUUUGACGAGAAGCUACUCUUCCAGGAUGGCGGUCAGGGCAAGAAGCUCAAGAAUCAGUUCAGGGACCAUUUCAGAAACGUCACCAGGAUUAUGGACUGUGUUGGGUGUGAAAAGUGUCGUCUCUGGGGCAAGGUUCAGACCACUGGUCUGGGAACUGCACUCAAGAUCCUCUUCUCUUAUGACGACGCCUCCCUGAAAGGACACAGGGCGAACGGCGUCCUGUCACGACCCGAAAUUGUCGCGCUUUUGAACACAUUCAAUCGCCUCUCGGAGAGUGUAUCCGCCAUCGAGAGAUUCGGAGUUAUGUACCAACAACGUCUGCGCGAGGAAGAGGAAGCCAGCGGCAACGGCAACGUCGACACGACUGCUGAACAGACAACAAAGCCAUCAUCCCCCAUCAAAGCACCAACAAAAGAAGAAGACGACCGCGACGCGAUUGUCUACAAGGCUCUGUUGGCCAAGGUCGACCGACGCCUUACUUCGGCUUAUAGAAAGUUGGAUGCGGCUCUGGAGAGCAAGAAUAUUACCCUGCAUCGGGCGGCUGUCAAGAACGUCGUCGCCUGGAUUCAUAGAACCUAG